AUGACAAAAGAGAUAUAUACGGAUCAGCGUGAGAACAGUAUUGAAAAAUUUAAUAACAUUAUUUAUACAUCCUAUAAUGAUAUCGCAAAUAACAUUUUAAUAAACUUAAAAAUAAAAAUUUUUAUAAAUUAUACUUUUACAAAACAAUUUUUAAUAUUACACAUAUUCUUAAAACAUAUCAAACAUUUUGUAAAUAAAAUUUAA